CACGCAGAUUUGCAACAAUGUGAAUCUGUCAUCACUGCUGCCGUGUGAAUGAUGGUGUGGAUGCAAUGAUAAGAAAUAACCGUUUUUCGCUUUAAAUAAACUUUCUGUUACAUUUUAUCGGAUAUUAAAUGUAAAACUUUCUUUAAUCCGUGUUAUUUAAAUAUGUUUCCUGCUUUGUAGGAUUUAUAGUCAAACUACUCCAAAUGUCACCGUAGACAAUUUUGAGGUGGUUAAUUAAAGCUAUAACAGAAAAAAAAACAUCACCAUGACGUCGAUUAUUAAACUGAGCGCUAUUAGCGGGGCAAUGGAUGAAAGUCCACCAUGUUAUCUGCUGCAACUCGACGAGCUCAAAAUUCUGCUAGAUUGCGGUUGGGACGAAAAUUUCGAUCAAGAUUUUAUUAAAGAAUUGAAAAGGCACGUCAAUCAAAUAGAUGCAGUUCUUUUAUCUUAUCCUGAUCCGUUGCACUUAGGAGCUUUGCCAUAUUUGGUGGGAAAAUGUGGUCUUAGUUGUCCCAUUUAUGCAACCAUUCCAGUGUAUAAAAUGGGACAAAUGUUUAUGUAUGACCUCUUUCAGUCUCGGCAUAAUAUGGAAGACUUCGACCUCUUUACAUUAGACGACGUUGACGCAGCAUUCGACAAAAUUGUGCAGUUGAAAUACAAUCAGAGUAUUUCCAUGAAAGGCAAAGGAUAUGGAGUUACCCUAACACCUCUUCCAGCUGGUCAUAUGAUCGGCGGCACAAUUUGGAAGAUAGUGAAGGUCGGAGAAGAGGAUAUAAUCUACGCUGUGGAUUUUAAUCACAAAAAGGAGAGGCAUUUGAACGGAUGCGAAUUGGAGAGACUACAAAGGCCUUCUUUACUAAUCACUGACGCUUUUAAUGCAACUUAUCAGCAAGCUAGGCGACGCACCAGAGACGAGAAAUUAAUGACCAAUAUUCUUCAAACUUUACGAGGAGGUGGAAAUGUUCUCGUUGGUGUUGACACUGCUGGUAGAGUUUUGGAACUCGCUCACAUGUUGGAUCAGCUCUGGAGAAAUAAGGAUUCGGGAUUGCUUGCUUAUUCACUGGCCCUUCUGAAUAACGUCAGUUAUAAUGUUGUGGAGUUUGCCAAAUCUCAAAUUGAAUGGAUGAGCGAUAAGUUGAUGAGGAGUUUUGAAGGUGCAAGAAACAAUCCUUUUCAGUUUAAACAUCUUCAGCUUUGUCACAGUAUGGCAGAAUUAAAUCAAGUUCCAAGUCCAAAGGUCGUUUUGGCUAGCACACCAGAUAUGGAAUGCGGAUUUUCGCGUGAACUGUUUCUCCAGUGGUGCGCGAAUCCUCAGAACAGUAUUAUUAUAACGAGUAGAACAUCGCCUGGAACUUUAGCCAGAGAUUUGGUAGAAAAGGGUGGAAGCAGAAGUUUCACAUUAGACGUGAAAAAACGUGUAAAAUUGGAAGGAGCUGAGUUGGAAGAGCAUUUGAAAAAGGAGAAAUUAAAACAGGAACAGCUCAGACAAGAACAGAUGGAAACUGCAGAUGUGAGUUCAGAGUCUGAUGAUGAAAUAGAGGUUGGUGGAGGAAAGGGAAAACACGAUUUGCUCGUCAAACUGGAAAGCAAACCAGGCUUUUUCAAGCAGAGUAAGAAACAAUAUCCGAUGUUUCCUUUUGUGGAGGAAAAAGUCAAGAUUGACGAGUACGGUGAAAUCAUUAGGCCGGAGGAUUACAAAAUUGCAGAAGCAGUCCCUGAAGCCGAGGAUAAUAAAGAAAAUGUAGAGAUGAAACAAGAAGAUGCUGUACAGCAUCCCGAUUCUGGUUCGGAUAUUCCGACGAAAUGUAUGGUAUCAUCGAGGACUGUAGUCGUGAACGCGUCGGUCACAUACAUUGAUUUUGAGGGAAGAUCCGAUGGCGAGUCUCUGCAGAAGAUUUUGGCUCAGUUGAAGCCAAGGAGAGUCAUUUUGGUGCGAGGUUCACCAAAAGAUACGGAAAUCCUAGCUCAACAGGCACAGCAUGCGGGGGCGAGAGUUUUUACUCCCAAUAGAGGUGAAGUAAUUGAUGCCACCACGGAGACUCAUAUAUACCAGGUUCGUUUGACUGAUGCUCUUGUGAGUGGCCUGAACUUUUCCAAGGCAAAAGGAGAUACCGAAGUUGCAUGGGUUGAUGCAAUGAUCACCGCCCGAAACCAAAUUUGCCAAGAUGCUGUGAUUGAUGCCGAAGAUAACAUGGAACAAAUUCUUACCCUCGAGCCGUUGGCGUUGAAUGAAGUACCUGGACAUCAGACUACUUUUAUAAACGAAUUGAAGCUUGCCGACUUCAAACAAGUUUUGCAUAAACACAAUAUUCCUUCAGAAAUCAGUGGCGGCGUUCUCUGGUGUUGUGGUAAUACGAUAGCACUUAGAAGGCACGAAGCCGGCGGUAAGGUUAUUUUAGAAGGAUGUUUAUCUGAGGAAUAUUAUAAAGUGCGGGAAUUAUUGUACGAACAAUACGCAAUUGUAUAAUCUUUUGUAAAUAAUAAGUAUAAUUGUGUUUUAUUUUUUACGAAAAUAAAUUUUAAACU